CCCGUCGUCAAGAAUUCCCACCAACCUUGCCAAGGUGAAAAGAACUAGCCUUCUGCAUGUCAUGUACCAGCAACCAUGCCGCAAAGGGGAAACAACUAGAGCAGGACGUUAACUUCCGCUUCCGGCCAGUUUGAUUAGCGUUCCAACGUGGGAGAGUAGUUCCUGUUCCUACAAGAGUUUUUAUUCUGAAUGAAACAUUGCUAACCAUGAGCUUCCUGCUGCCAAAGCUGAGCAGCAAAAGGGAUGUGGACCAGGCAAUAAAAACGACAGCAGAGAAAGUUCUUGUUCUCAGAUUCGGUAGAGACGAGGAUCAUGUUUGUCUACAGCUGGAUGACAUUCUGUCCAAGACAUCCCAUGAUCUAAGCAAAAUGGCAUCUAUAUACAUUGUUGAUGUGGAUAAGGUGCCAGUCUACACUCAGUACUUUGAUAUCAGCUACAUUCCAUCCACUAUAUUUUUUUUUAAUGGGCAACAUAUGAAAGUGGAUUAUGGGUCUCCAGACCACACAAAGUUUGUGGGAAGUUUCAAGACCAAACAAGAUUUUAUUGAUCUUAUUGAAGUAAUCUACCGCGGAGCAAUGCGUGGAAAACUUAUUGUGCAAAGUCCAAUAGACCCCAGAAAUAUUCCAAAAUACGAUCUUCUCUACCUGGGUGUGUAGUAUAUAUGCUCUGGUGAGGGCAUCAGACUUUUGCUUUCUAAUUACCCUUGUUAAUGUACGGCACUUUGUAAAACUGAGAAUAUAUUUAUUUUAGUACAUGUUCAAAAAUGUUUUUGAAUAUGUUGUGGCUUGAUAAUAAAAAUGACUGUUAAAAAAAA